AGCGUUGUGCAUGAAAAGAAAAAAGUGCCGAAAGAAUAAUUCAACAACAAAUAUCAACAGAAUAACCACGUUAUAUAUCAUUUUUUAAUUAAAUGAUGUAUGUUCGUUUUUUAAGAUAUAACGAGCUCACUGGGACUUUAUACUGCUGCACAACGGAGAGCUGUGUGUGGCAUCGCCAUGGCCGAGACGAUUGUUGCAUUCGAGUGGGAUGAGAUGAGGAAGAUCGAGCCGCAGAACCUCCACGAAUGUGACAAAGAUGAAUUGGACGAUCUUGUAACGCGGGUGACUUCGGUAACUAUCCAACACGAAUACACAACUGAAGAAUGGCGGCUGGAGCAUCAAGCUCAGCAAGAUGUCGUCCACGUACUGCGAGUGUUUCAGUCUCUCCUCAAGAUGAAACAUCAGGAAGCGUCUCUCGCCGAGCAGUUGAUCGAAGAGCAAGAGAAAAAUGAAAAUAAACUUCAAGCCAAGAUGUUGCGACUGGAGGACGAACUCAAGCACGCCAAGAGCGGCGAUGGCGGCGGCGGGACAGACGGUCGCUUCUUGAGGAAUGAAAUCCGUCAGCUGGAGACGCAACUGGAACAGAAGGAAAAGGAAGUGAGCCACUUGAGGAGGGAGAUGGGAGGAAGCAAGAAGACUAUCGAGGAGUUGGUCCAGCGAGCAGAAGCGGCCGAGGACGAGGUGAAGACGUUGAAAAGAGAAAACACGCAGCUCCAGCGAGAUGUGGACUUUUAUCAAGGAGAGUUGGAGCGUAAGGAAUCGGCUGCGUCCAAAGAGGAGAAUGCCGAAACUCAGAGGAAGCUCAGCUCAGCCAACCGCCAGCUCUCCCAGUGCCUGGACGACCUUCAGCAAGCAGAAGAUGAGAUCUCACGGCUGAAGGAGGACAACCUCCACAUGCAGAAAUGUGUGAUGGAGUCAGCCAAGGAGAUGGAAAAGAUGAGCGACGAGUACAACCAGAUCAAGAUGGCCGUGCAUCAGUGCGACUCCUUGACCGACCAGCUGAGGAAAGAAAGAGAUCGUGCCGAGUUGCAGGUCAGAGAGCUGACGCAGAAGAUUAACUCCAUGACGGAAGAGGACGACCCCAUUAUCGCAGCAGUGGACGCCAAAGUGGAUCAAUGGAAGAAAGUGCUGUCUGAAAAGGAUGAGGAGAUCUCAGUGUAUCAGCAGAUGAUCCGUGACCUUCAGCACAAAUUGCGGGUGGCCCAGUUGGACUUGGACAGGAGCAACAUUGUCGCCUUGCAGCAGGCCGUGGAGGAGCGAGAUGAUCAGUUAAAGAUUCUGAGAGAGCAAGUGGAGCAGUUUACAGGCGAAAUGGAGAAGCAGACGCUGCUCAUGGAGGGACUCAAGGUGCCCAAACAGCAAAGUGGAGCGCUGGUCCCGCAGAGAAAGAUGGAGGAGCUCGCGUCCACUGUCGAGAUGAGAGCGGCGGAAGCUGAGGCGGCUUUAAAACGAGCCGAAGCUCACGCCGAGGAGAAAGACCGGGAGCUCAUCGAGGCCACCAAGCGCCUGAGAGAGUACGAACGUGGCAUUUAUGGCCUGCGGGAAGCCGUCGGUGAGAUCAAGGAGUGCAAGAGUCAAAUUCAAAGGAGAGAUUUGGAGAUAGAAUCCAUGACCAAAGACAUCAACCAAGCGUACAUGAUGGUCGAUCAGCUCUCCGAGGAAAACGAGGACUUUCGAGAAAGACUGGGCUAUCAACCCAAACAGGAAGUGGACCUUGGCGAGUUCAGACGCGCCAGAGACCUUAAACAACGGCAAUACAAAGCCGAAAACCAAAUACUCGCUAAAGAGAUUGAACGUCUUGAAGAGGAACGACUGGAGAUGAAGAAACAAGUCCGACUUCUGGCCAAAGAGAAAGGGCUGCCACCGUCCAUCUUGGCGGAUGUCCCACACAGCACAAGGAAGCCGUCAACUCGCACAGAUGAAGAGCUACGAGCCAAGAAUGAGAAUCUGGAAGAAGAAGUGAAAACGCAGAAGAGACAGAUGGAGCUCCAGAAAACGCAGUUUCAGCUCAAGUUGGAGCAGCUCUCCAAGGAGAAACGAGAUGUGGAGGCUGCACUCAAGGACGUCCUCCAGGCUUUGAAGGCCAAGGAGACCAGUCCGUCUGACGCAGACUCUGGUAUUUCCGGUCUGGUGGAUACCGAGGUCAUGGGGAAGCACCUGACGUCAGACCUCAAGUCUCAAAUCCACCAACUGGUGGGCAGGAACGAGGAGCUCCGUCGGGAGCUUAAGUCCACCCGCGAGGAAGCCACUGGCAGUGUGGCUCAACUCGCCGCAGCCAAAGAGAAGAUGAGCCACCUGGAGGCCAAGCUGGAGCACCUGAGGAAGUCGGGCGGCGGUAUCGGUGGCGCCAUCUUCCAGCCAUUGACCAUCCCUGAGGGCCUGGAAGCCACCAGCACAGAGGUCAUCAACUCCUUGAACGAAUACGUCGUUCGACUGCUUCAGGAAGUCCAGAACCAGGAGAAGACGCGGAACAAGCUGACGACGACACUGGAGGAAUACAAAGAGAAGUUUGCCAUCAUUAGCCACCAGCAAGGGCUUCUGUAUGAGGAGCACCUCAGUGAGAAGUCGCAAUGGGACAAGGAGAGAGAAGCUUUGACGAGAACCAGGAGCAAACUUGAAGAGAAACAGCAGUUGGAUGAUGUUAAACUCCAGCAGUUCAGUGACCUACUGGAAGCCCUUGAGAAGGACCCAGAGGAACUCAAGCGGCAUCUGAGCGAAGCGCUGCGCAAGUUGACCGUUGCCAAAGUCAAUGAGAAGAAGCUGACUCGACGCUGUACCACACUGAUGGAGCAAGAGCAGCACCUGCGGAAGGAAAAUGGCCGACUGAGGGACGCCGAUGUUCAAAUGCAGACAGCCGUCACCCAGAGGAUGGGCGACUUGCUCAGAUACAAGGAAACGGCAGCGUACAGGGUGGCAGCCUUACAGAAGGCCUUGGACGACAGCGUGCCGGCGUCGGAGCUGGAGAAGGCCAACAGGCAGUACACGGAGCUCACCGUCAAAUACAGAGACGUGCUACAAAGAGACGGACUGCUGGUCAAGAGGACCACAAACUUGGAAAAUCUGGAGAGUGAGAAUGCAUCUCUAAGAGGACACGUGGCUACCAUUAGCAAGGAGCUGGAGAUCACCAAGGAGAAGUUACACACGCUGGAGCACGCGUGGGAGAAUGCGAAGCUGGAAAUAAGCCAGGGCGAUGCAGAGAAAGGCCCAGACGAGGGGGCGUCGGUCGCCCGGCGGAUGGCCACGCUGGAGAUGAAGGAGCUCAACGAGCGUCAAAGGGCGGAGCACGCCACCGCCAUGUAUGAACGGAUGAGGAGCUCACUCGGCAAAGUGGAGGAGCGCAACAGCGAGCUGGAGGCCAAGUUUGCUGAGCUGACCAAAAUGAACGUGGAGGCACAGCACCUGGAGCGAGAGCUGAGGGACGAACUGGCUGACUGCGUCACUAAAGCGGCCGGCGACGCCGACCGGGCGAGGAUCGCACAGCUGGAGGCCACUGAGGCCCAACUGCGCUCCGAGCUUUCAAAACUUCGGGAGGUGUCCGACAUUGCCAUGAAACAGGCGUCAACUUUCCAGGCCAGACAACAUUCGAAAGAUAAGGAGGUGGAAUCUUUGAGGAAACAAAUCUUAGACUACCAGUCUCAAUCGGACGAGAAGGCCCUGGUUGCCAAGCUCCACCAGCACGUCGUGGCUCUGCAACUCAGCGAGGCGGAUUCCUUGGCUAAGUUGUCCGCUUCCGCCGCCCACGUCCGACAUUUGGAGGCACUCUUGCGGCGCGCCGAGCAGCGUCUGGAUGCCAGCGAGCGGACGCUGUUCCAGGCCCGGCAAGAGGCUGGCAGCCGGUGCCGGCGCCUGCGGCAGACAGUGCAGUCCCUGCGCCGGCAGUUUGCUGGCGCGCUGCCGCUGCAUCAGCAGGAGAAGUUCUCGUCCACCCUUGUGGGCCUCCAGGAGGAGAAGGCAAAGGCGUACCAGGAAAGGAGGCAGGCGGAGGAGGAGCGGAGGAGGGUGGAGGGCCGGGCACAAGAGAUGGAGUUGAGGCUUCGAGGCCUAGAGGAGCUCUGCGCCACGUUGAAGGAUGCCAAAGGGGCCCAGAAGGUACGCGAGUGGCACAAGAAGAUGGAAGAAGCCCAUUUGCAGGAGCUGAGGAAGAGCAGGGAGGUGACGAUGCAGAAAGAAGAGAUCCGCUACCUGAAGAAUCUGCUUGAGGAGCAGGAGAGAGUCAUCCACUCACUGGGCGAGGAGAUUGUGCAGCAAAAUAUGAUUCAAGAAGAGCGCCAGCUUUCGUGGGAUCAGCGCGAGUUGGAAUUGGAGCGUCGGUUGGAUCAGCACGAGGACUUACGCCGAGGCACGGAAAAGGCAAUCGAUGUCCCCAGCUACCUCCCGGAUACAAAUCUACCUCUCGCUCAACAACUUGAGUUUGCCUUGAGAAAAAUCAGCGAGCAAGUCGACGUCAUCUCCAACGCGGAGGCCACAGGAAAACGUUUGGAGGAGAAACUCAAGGAGAAGGACGAAGCCUUGAGGAAGUCCGAACAAAACGUGGCGUCCAGGGAUAAAGUCAUAAACGAGCUGCGUCUCCGCCUCCCGUCCGUCGUUGCCAGUGGCGGCCGUUUACUGGCCGACGCUUCUCAACGUGACGGAGAAGCUCUCAAGCUGGUGCACAAAACCGUUAAAGAUCUCCAAGGGCGACUGGACAAGAAAGACGAUGUGCUCAAGAAGUACCAGAGCCAUCUGGUGCAAGCUGUAAAGGAUCAAGAGGAGCUGAUCAAGAGGCACGACGAAGAGCUGAGGAUGCUUUAUCAGAAGCUGGAUUCCAACAAUGACACCACCCUGGAGCGUCUCAAACAACAGGCAGCGGAAAUGAUGAAAAAGCCGAGCAUCACUGUGCCGACCUCCAAACAUUUGGAUCGCAUGGCCGAGUUGGAGCAGACUGUGGUCGAACAGGAUAUGUCGCUCGUCUCCGUUACCAAUAAGCUGAAGAUGGCUGGCGUGGAACUGGAGCAAGUCAAGUCGGCCAUGGAUACGCAGGCAAAGAAACACGUUGACGAGAUGUCCAGGUUGAAGGAGUCUCAUGUCGUAGAGGUGGAAGACCUGACCAUGGAGACUAAAGACCAGAGGGGAGAAAUAACAGAACUGAAGAAGGUGAUUGACUCCCUGCAAAAAGAACUGGAGAGCCAAAUAGAGGCCAACAAUCUGUCCCCAAGCAACACCCUAAAGAACUUGGUGGAACGCCUAAGACUGCAGCUGAUCCACAAAGAAAAACAAAUCAAGGCUCUCAGCAAGGUUCUCUUAGAACUGCGGACCCAGAUGACGUCCGCCGCCGAACAACAAGUCUUAGCCAACGCCGCUCAGACCGAGGAGAGGCUCAACGUACAGAAGCUCGUCGACAAGCACACCAAAGAUCUGAAGGCUCUGGUGCAAGAACUCAGCAAUGAGCUACAAGUGGCCAGGGAGUCAGCUAAAAGAAAUGAGAACACCCUCAGAAAGGAGAUGGACAAUCUCAACCAAGAGCUCCAGAAGAGCCAAAAUCGUCACAAGAGCCUUCAAGUCAAGAAGGAGGAAGCCGAGCAGGAAAUCCAGGAGCUCCGAAAACAAGUCAAAAGACUCAGCAGCUGCAUUGAGAAUCAAGCCAUGCUCGAUGGUAAGGGGCCAACUGUUGAGAAUCUGCAGAAGAAGAUCAGAAAGUUGGAGUCGGACUUGGAGAAGAGUGCUGAAACCAAAAGAGUCAUUCAGGGAAAGAGCAAAGAGGAAAUAUUGGUAUGGGAGGAGGGGAAGAAGUGGCAGUCCAAGCUGGAGAAGAUGAAGAAUGCACUGAAGGACAAGGAACAAGAAAACGACUCCCUGUCCAAACAGCUCGGCACUAUCAAAGAUCUUUAUGGCAGACUAGAGCGUGAGAGGAACGUACUGCAGAGGAAAACAAAAGCGAGAGGUGUGACGGCAGACCAGGUGGCGGGAGCGAGACGAGAUGAACUGGACAAAGACCUCGAGGAGCUGAGGAAAAAGAAUGCAGAGUUGGAGACUCAGUUGAUCGCCAUAAAGCAGCAACAGGCUCUAAGCCGUGACGCCGCUGUGGAAGGUCUGACUCGGAGGAACUCCCACCUUGAGGAACGACUUCGAGUGGUAGAGAACCGGACAUCUCCCUCGAGACAGCCUUUGUCAGCACUAGAUGCAGAGACGCCAAGAGACACGGACCUCCAGAAGGAAAACCUCAAACUGGCUUCGGAGAAUCUGGAACUGCGUCUCCAACUGGCACAGGCCAACAUCGACCUGCCGAGGCUGAAGAGUAAAGUUGCCGACCAGGAGGAGCUGUUCAGCGCGUUGAAAAAGGAACGUGCCGAUUUGAAGAAGAGACUGACCAAUGCCAAAGUUGGCCACAGCGGGAAAACUGUGCCUGAACUCGAAAGAACUAUCCACUUGAUGAAGAAGGUGGUGGAGAGGUUACAAAAGGAGAAUGAGACGCUCAAGAGAACCUGUGAUACUCAAAGUCAGGACAAGGCGCUGGAGCAAGAACACAAAAAACUACAGGCCCAGUACGACCAAGCGAAGAGUCAACAUGAUGCAGAGAUUCGCAAAAUGGAAUCGAGAUGCAGAGGACUGGAGAAGAUAGUCAUGGAAAAUGACCGUCUCCGAAAGCAAGUCAAAAGGCAGGAGGCGGAGGCGACAGAGAAGCUGCGAGUAUCCAAGACCAACGUGGAGUUAAGUUGUGAAAAGCUGGAGCUCGAGCUGGAGGAAAGCAAGCAGAGACUCCAGGACGUGCUGUCGAAAGCCACCGUGAAAGUCACUGACAGCAAAGCCACCAAAGCGUCCGUGGUGACUCGAAUGUUUGAGAACAAGAUGAAAGAGUUGGAGAAGGAACUCUCGACGAAAACCUCCAGUCUCGCGGAACUCAAACACAAGUUGAAGGAGGCGAACCUACGUGAGGAGACGGCGCAGAUCCGUAUCCGGCGACUCGAAAAUCAGGUUGACAAAUUAAACUGCGGUCUGCAUACAGAGGCAGAUGUCUCGAAGAUAACAAGUGAGUUGAGGAAAGAGAACACGGAAUUAAACAAAAGACUGGACGAGUUCAGCGAGCAGCACAAGGGGUCAUCCAAACACGACACAGAUAACAGGAAGCUAAAAGAUCUCCUUAAGUCGGCGGAGGCGGAGAAGCGCAAAUUGGAAGCCCAAAUCCAAGAGUUAAAGGACCAAUCGAGCAAGUUGGACGCCGCCUUCUUUGAUGAAAUUGAGGAUUUGAAGUAUAAUUACAAUGUGGAGGUGAAGAAGAACAUCAUGCUGGAGGCGCAGCUGAGGAAAGUGUCCUCUGGAGACAUGCUGAGUUGAGAUUAAAAUUGCUCACGCAGCUUUUAGUCAAUAACUUAAUGUCUUUGAUUUGACUUGAGCUAAUAUUCAGUGCCUUAAGCAUAUUAGGACAGGGAUAUUUUUAACAGUGGUUGGAAAUGUUACUUUCAUAAGCGCAGCUUCAAAUGUAGUUUUCUGUAUUUUUUUUUAUGUUUUACACCUGUACAGUUCUCGUAGUAUUUAUAUUUACAAAUAAAACAUUGGAAAGCCGAUGAAGCAUUUAUUUUGA